AUGGGGCUGGCGUCACUGCUCCGCAAGGAAGGCCUUGGCCACGGGACUCUCAUCCAACUGCACCAGCUGGUCACCACGGAGCUGUCCAUAGAGCAGUACCCUCAUAUACAGCUGGUGGUGAAAGCUUUGGAAAAACUCUCUGAGAAUGAGAAGAGUUUACAAGCCCUGCUCCUCUCAGGACUCACCUCCAAAAUCCUCUGGUGGUACGAGUCUGUAUUUGAAAAGUUAACCUGUGACCUCGGCCUCAACCCCGCCCUCAAGAGCCUGACCGAGGCCUUCUUUGACUAUUUUCUGGAACUGGCCAAACCUUCUGUACCAGUGAGCGAGCUGCGUGUGAUUCUCAUGUAUCUGUGCCGCACUGCCCUGGACCCCACUGUCACCUUCAGACUUCGCUUGGAGGCCAUUCGUACCUUCAACAGCAGUCUGGAGUCGUGCGGCCCAGAGCAGAGGAAAGUGCUGCAGGGCCACCAUGACAUUGCCUGCAUUCUCAAUGCUGGUGAUCCAGAUUCAUGGUUACCAAAGUAUUAUGAGCUACAGGCCUCCAUCACAGAAACUUUGUGCCGCCUCACUCUCAAACUUGACCGUCCAAUCAAAGCCAGUGAGUGGUUCACCAGUGAUCUCGGCCACGCCUUCCAAGCAAUCCGCAACCCCUACUUUGAGGCUCUGAGUCGGCCCAAAGAUGAGGACAUGGAGGAGUUCUGGGUUGACUUUAAUUUGGGCUCUGAAUGUGUUAGUUUCUUUGUGGAUGAUCCAAACAAAAAGAUGUUUCUGUGGGAAUCAAUCCAUGUGAUGAGGGAUGAGGUCAAUCGCUACAGCCUCACAGGUUACCUGUCAGAGCACACAGUGAACCCCUCCACAGAGAGCAUGACGUCACGAGCUGAGCAAAAAGAAGAUGCAGAGCUUAUGGGCGAGAGAUUGGCACUGGAUGCAGGAGACAUGUUUACUGACGAGUUGGGGCCUUCUGCAGAGCGGCCUGAGUCCAACAAGGAGUCUUCGGGAGAAGAAGAGGUGGCAGAAGUAAAAUUAAACGUGGAGGAGGCCGAGGUGAUCGCAAAGCAAGCGGCUGUGGCAGAAACAGGGAUCCUCGGAGCCUUCCCCCUCCCUCCUCCCUCCUCGUCCAGCAGCAGCAGCUCCUCCCCCCGUCGUCAUGUGAUUGUUGACCCCAGGACCCCAAAAUGCUGCAGCAGAGCUUGA